GCGGGGGCGGGGCCAUUGCGUCAUCGCAGCGCGCGGGGCGGGCGACGCUGUGGUUGCCGGAAGUUGAGCUGCGUUGGCAACAGAUAAUGGCAGCAGCCAUGGGAGAUCCGGGGCUCUCCAAAUUGCAGUUUGCCCCCUUUAGCAGUGCCUUGGAUGUUGGGUUCUGGCAUGAGUUGACCCAGAAGAAGUUGAAUGAGUAUCGGCUGGAUGAAGCACCCAAGGACAUCAAGGGUUAUUACUACAAUGGUGAUUCUGCUGGUCUGCCUGCUCGCUUGACGCUGGAGUUCAGCGCUUUCGACAUGAGUGCUCCCACCCCAGCGCAUUGCUGCCCGGCCGUCGGGACGUUGUACAACACCAACACACUCGAGUCCUUCAAGACUGCAGAUAAGAAGCUCCUUUUGGACCAAGCAGCAAACGAGAUAUGGGAAUCCAUCAAAUCGGGCGCUGCUCUCGAGAACCCCGUGCUGCUGAACAAGUUCCUCCUCUUGACAUUUGCAGAUCUAAAGAAGUACCACUUCUACUACUGGUUUUGUUACCCUGCCCUGUGUCUUCCAGAGAGUAUACCUCUCGUUCAGGGGCCAGUGGGUUUGGAUCAAAGGUUUUCACCAAAACAGAUCCAAGCCCUCGAGCGUGCAUACGAUGACCUCUGUCGAACAGAAGGAGUCACGGCACUGCCUUACUUCUUAAUCAAGUAUGAUGAGAGCACAGUGCUGGUGUCCUUGCUCAAACACUACAGUGAUUUCUUCCGAGGUCAAAGGACAAAGGUAACGAUUGGUGUGUAUGAUCCCUGUAACUUAGCCCAGUACCCUGGAUGGCCCCUGAGGAAUUUUUUGGUCCUAGCAGCCCACAGAUGGAGUAGCAGUUUCCAGUCUGUUGAAGUCCUUUGCUUCCGUGACCGCACCAUGCAGGGGGCAAGAGAAGUUGCCCACAGCAUCAUCUUCGAAGUGAAGCUUCCAGAAAUGGCAUUUAGCCCAGAUUGUCCUAAAGCAGUGGGAUGGGAAAAGAACCAGAAAGGAGGCAUGGGACCAAGGAUGGUGAACCUCAGUGAUUGUAUGGACCCUAAAAGAUUAGCCGAGUCAUCAGUGGAUCUAAAUCUCAAACUGAUGUGCUGGAGACUGGUCCCCACGUUAGACUUAGACAAGGUCGUGUCCGUCAAAUGUCUGCUGCUUGGAGCCGGCACCCUGGGUUGUAAUGUCGCGAGGACAUUGAUGGGCUGGGGCGUCAGACACAUCACGUUCGUGGACAACGCCAAGAUCUCCUACUCCAACCCUGUGAGGCAGCCGCUCUAUGAGUUCGAGGACUGCCUGGGAGGAGGGAAACCCAAGGCCCUGGCUGCAGCAGACCGGCUCCAGAAAAUAUUCCCCGGAGUGAACGCCAGAGGGUACAACAUGAGCAUCCCCAUGCCCGGGCACCCAGUGAGUUUCUCCAGCCUCACCCUGGAGCAGGCCCGCAGGGAUGUGGAGCAGCUGGAGCAGCUCAUCGAAAGCCAUGAUGUCAUUUUUCUGUUGAUGGACACCAGGGAGAGCCGGUGGCUUCCCACCGUCAUUGCUGCCAGCAAGAGAAAGCUGGUCAUCAAUGCUGCCUUGGGAUUCGACACCUUUGUUGUCAUGAGACAUGGCCUAAAGAAGCCAAAGCAGCAGGGAGCUGGGGACUUGUGUCCGAGCCACCCUGUGACAUCCGCCGACCUCCUGGGCUCAUCGCUGUUUGCCAACAUCCCCGGUUAUAAACUCGGCUGCUACUUCUGCAAUGACGUGGUGGCCCCAGGAGAUUCCACCAGAGACCGGACCUUGGACCAGCAGUGCACAGUGAGCCGUCCAGGCCUGGCCGUGAUCGCAGGAGCCCUGGCGGUGGAGCUGAUGGUGUCCGUUCUGCAGCAUCCGGAAGGGGGCUACGCCAUCGCCAGCAGCAGUGACGACCGCAUGAGCGAGCCUCCGACCUCUCUUGGGCUUGUACCCCACCAGAUCCGGGGAUUUCUGUCGCGGUUUGAUAAUGUCCUUCCCGUCAGCCUGGCGUUCGACAAAUGUACAGCUUGUUCUUCCAAAGUUCUUGAUCAAUACGAACGAGAAGGAUUCGAUUUCCUAGCGAAGGUGUUUAAUUCUUCACAUUCCUUCUUAGAAGACUUGACCGGCCUUACGCUGCUGCACCAAGAGACCCAGGCAGCCGAG